AUGGAAACAGCUUUUAUCGCCAUCAUCGCCUUUGUCCCCAUGCUGGUGAUGUUGGUCGUCAAUCACGAAUGGGGACACUUCUUCACCGCCAAAGCCUUCGGCGUUAAGGUGCUGGAAUUCGGCAUCGGGUAUCCGCCCCGGGCCUUCAGCAUCUUCACCGGCCGCACCCGCGUGCUGCUGGACGACAACACCCAGUACAUCAACCUGCCCGGCGUUGCCGCCAUCCACCCGGGACUGCGGGUCCGCCUGCAAACUGCCGAGGACGCCAGCGGCAACCUGGUAGCCCGCGUCGUCGAGGCCUCCCAGUCCAGCGGACGGCGCCGCCAGUCUUCCCUUCACGACAUGGGCAGCGACGAGUACCUCCAGCACGAGGGCACCAUCAAGGACAUCGACCCGGAGUCCCUGGUCGUAGCCGACAUGGUCUAUUCCCUGAACUGGCUGCCCCUGGGCGGCUUCGUCCGCCUGGCCGGUGAAAAUAACCCGGCUGUACCCCGCAGCCUGGCCGCCAAGGGCCCCGGCCCCCGCGCCAUAAUCCUGGCCGCCGGUUCCCUGGUGAACGCCGCCUUUCCCCUGUUCGCCUUCACCCUGCUGUUCAUGAUCCCCCAGAGCGUUACGGUGGGACAAGUGCAGGUCGAGGAAGUAGUUGCCAACUCUCCCGCCAUGGCCGCCGGCAUCCGACCCGGGGACCUCGUCCUUACCGCCGGAGACAGGACCAUCGAGCACGGCUCCGACCUGGUGCGGGCCACCACACUCAACGCCGGCACAUCAAUGGACUGGUUGGUCGAACGGGAAGGCCGCACCGAAAUAGUCCGGGUGACCCCGAGGGUCAACCCGCCCGAGGGACAGGGGGCCACCGGCAUCCGCAUCGGACUGGUCAACCUGCGCUCCGAGACCCGCUACGAACCACCCUGGACGGCAGUGUGGCUGGGCACGACCAACACCUGGGAGAUUUAUCCGGCCCCGUGGGCAUUGCCCCAGGUAACCGGCGAGGUAACCCGCGACGGCGGCCUCCGCGGCUGGGUCGUGCUGUCCAUCCUCUUCAGCAUCAACCUGGCCAUCCUCAACCUCCUGCCCAUACCCAUGCUGGACGGCGGCCGGCUGGUCUUCGUGUUGCUGGAAUGGGUCCGGGGCGGCAAGCGCAUACCCGCCGACCGCGAGGGCCUGGUUCACCUGAUCGGGUUCGUCGUGCUGCUCGGCUUCAUCCUCUUCAUCACCUACAACGACAUCGUCCGCAUGGUCCAGGGAGGCAGCCCCCUGGGCGGCUGA